ACUACAGCCUAUUAUUUCAGUUGAUCGACAAAGAAAUUGAAUGGUUAAUUUUAAGCAAUUCCACUAGAGAAGUGAUUAUUAGCCUUUAAUGCUAAUAGGAUAGGAUUUAUGUGCAAACAUUGGAUCUAAUAGGCUUUGUAUCUAACUCACCUUUUAUUGUUUUUGUUUUGUGCAGAACACAAGUAUUUAAGAAUGAAGAGACUUAAAAGACAAUUUGUAACUGAUGAAAAAGAUACACAAACUGAUGUUGGUUUAAUUCAACACCUUAUGUCAAAGAAUAGCGAGGAGGUUUCAUUUCUAUCCCUUUAUUCUCAUCAAGCUAGUGCAAUAUAUAGUGAUAGAAAGUUAAUGGAGUUUUUUGAAUUCAAAAUGUGGAUUUCUAUGUCCAUAGAUGAUGAUCUAAUCAAAUUAGGAGAACUACUAAUAUCACUACAAAAAUACAUGGUUGGAAAAAGAUUUCUCCUUCUCAUAGAUAAUGUUUGGAAUCUUAAGAAAGAGAGGGACAUGUUGUUCAAAAAUUUGUUAAGCAUGAGAUGCAAACAAGGGAGCAAAGUCAUUUUAAUUACAUGUGCAACUAAGAUAUCUGACUUACCAGAUCCUAUUCUUCUGAAAAUUCUUUGCAAACUCCCUAUUAGAACUGUUUUUGCUUGUAAAUGUGUCAGCAAAGAAUGGUGCACACUAAUUGAGGAUCCUAUUUUUCCAAAAUUGCACCUCGGACAAGCUACUUUCUGUCCAAUAUUUAGAACAAUUGAACCUAUAAGUUGGCCUAGUUGCUUGCACAUGCUUGAGGUUAUCAAAACUACUGACCUUGAUCAACCAUUGAAGUUGCACUCCAAGUUGUUACCCCCUGAUGUAUCAUUCCUUCAUAGUACAUGUAGUAAGUUUGAAACGCCUAAGUUUGGUGUAGUGAACUCUUGUAAUGGCUUGCUUUGUGUGUGCACUUGCCCUGACAAUGACCCUAUCUAUGUUUGGAAUCCUAUUACUGGAGAAUAUAUAUUGACUCCGGAACCUGAAAGAAACCCACCACAUUAUUCAAAUUAUGUUGUUUCUGGUUUUGGAUUUAGCUCAAAGGCUGACCAAUAUAGAGUGAUGAGGGCAUUCGGUGCGGUAGAGAGGGGGGACAUAUCUACAAUAAUUGUUCAGGUAUGGACUCUUGGUUCAAGAAAAUGGAGAACCCUCAGUGAAUUGUUUCGUUGGAAAGACUUUGGGUUGAAAGCAACACAUAGUCGAAUAUUUUCUCGAGCACCAUUUAGGCAAUCAUUUUGUGUAUUAUACCUAAAUGGAGCUGUUCACUGGCUUGCUACUGGUGGCUCAAGUUUGAUAUACAUUUGUUCCUUCAACUUCGAUCAAGAGAAAAUAAUUAAAUUGUCACUACCUGAAAGCUUUAAUGAAAGUGAAGAGAAUCGUGCAAUUGGAAACAUGAGACUAGGGGUGUUGCGUGAUUGUCUAUAUGUAAGUGAUGUAAGGUGCUAUGCUCACUUCGAAUUAUGGGUACUCAAAGAUUAUAACGAUGACAAGUUUUCUUGGACAAAAGAGGUUAUAAUUGACAACUUUUCUGUCGACAUUUGGCCUAGGGGUUUGUAUCGGCCAAUAAAGUAUCUUGACAAUGGAGAUCUGUUAAUAUUCCACCCUAGUAAUGCAUUGGUGUGUUAUAACCCAAAAGAAGAAAGCUUUCGUUAUUUCAAGAUAGGUGAAGCUGAUUCAGAGUUUGAUAUGAUUCCUCACAUUCCUAAUCUAAUCCGGAUGAAAGAUGUUAUAAAUCUAGAAGGAUUGCAAGUAGAGAUUCUCAAUGUGAGGGAUGGUGGUGAGUGGUCACCUCAAAAUUUGAAGGAGUACACAGAACUUGCGUUGGAUGAAAAAAAUGAGGAUUUUAUAUCUGCUGCAUUUUCUAAAAUCAUGGAAUGGAAUUGACAUUUUCUAUUGUCAUCAUAAUUAUGCUAGGGCCUUUUUCUAUUGUCUCAUUUGUUUUAAUUUUAAUGUAUUUUUUAGUAGCAUGUUCUAAUGAACUUUGUUAUUAGCAUUGUUGAAGCUGAUAUGGAUUAAAUUAUAUGAUGUCUUAUAUAUGCAAUUUAUUUAUAUAUUUGCUCA